AUGCAGCCUGUGACAAAGUUCCAUGAUCUUGCUGAGCUUUUCCGCAUUGGUGGAAUGUGUCCUGACACCAAGUACUUGUUUAUGGGAGAUUACGUUGAUCGUGGUUAUUAUUCUGUUGAAACUGUUAAUUGCAUGCGAGUAAUUUGUAUCAUCAUUAGCAUAGUACUCGUGUCUCUAUUUCCUCGUUGUUACAUGUGUGUCAAAACCAUAUUAUAUUUUCUUUACCUCCCUUGUCUUAGCUUGUGUUUAUUAAUCUUUCAAACUUAUGAUUACUUUGCUUGUAACAUUGUGCUUAUAUUGUUGAUUCAGAAAUAUUUAUUUUGCCUUCACGGUGGAUUGUCUCCAUCUAUCGAGACACUUCACAACGUAAGGAACUUUGAUCGAGUUCAAGAUCAAUGUGUGGCUUAUUAUGGUCUGAUCGAUCCUGAUGACGGUUAG